AUGAGUAAGAGAAUAAAGGCCUCAAUUCUAAUCCCUGGAGACAUAUGGUUCGACGUGCUAGCAAGACUUCCAGCAAAGUCUCUGAUGCGAUUCAAGUGUGUUUGUAAACUAUGGGGUUCUUUCAUUAAAGAUCCUUUCUUUAUUCAAUUGCACCGUUCUCACUCCAAGUCUCGGCAUGGUAACACUGUUAUAUCCUACACUGAUCUGUGUUCAUCAACGCAAUACUUUUAUUUUGCAAAUACCGAAGGAAAUCCAGAUCCGUGCAAAGGUACGCUAUCCAUGCCUGAAUAUCGGUGUAUUUCCGAAAUUGUUAAUGGCUUAAUAUGCCUUAUUGGACCGCAUAAUGUCUCAAUUUGCAAUCUUAGUACUCAUGAGAUCAUGACUCUUCCUGAUGCAAUUCCUGAAAGAGAGAAUUUUUCUCGUGAAUGUCAUGCGUGCUUCUUGUUCGGAUCCGAUUCUUUGGCCCAGAUAUUCAAAGUUUUGAGAGUACGCACCGUUGUUACCAGAAAUCGAUAUGGUUACAAAAGUUCCAGAAAGACUUGUGAUAUUUUCAGGCUGGGUGUAACAUCAUCUCGAACAUCAUGGAAAAGGAUCAAAGCCCAUCCUCACAGAUUUCCGAGCCGUAUGAGACCAGCUUCUGGGGAGUAUAGACUCCAUGCCGAUAGUGUUUGUGCCAACGGAGUUAUAUAUUGGCUUCAACAUGCUAAUUGGCAAGGCCAAUUUGAUAUAGGAGCAUUUGAUGUCUCAGAAGAGAAGUUUCUUUCAGCAAUACCUGUUCCUGAGGAUGGACCAAGUUCUCAUGAUGUUGAAUAUUUACUUCAAAUUGGAGGGAAUUUGGCUCUAGUAAACCAACAGCCAAGGAGUCAAUCUCGCAGUAAGAUAGAGAUGUGGUUAUUAGAAGGCUAUGGUCAAAACAAAUUAUGGACUAAAAAGGAGAUAUUACUUCAACAAAAUCAUCUAUGGAGCCGUAUGCUUCCAAUAGGAAACAUCCACACUGGCGAGAUCUUAUUUAUACCAGAGCACUUCUUUUCAAAUUCCUUAAAGUUGACAUAUUAUGACCAGAAAACAGAAAGCUAUAGGGAGAAUGAGAAGACUGUGUCAACUAAGGAAGGCAUAUUUUCUAUCAUAACUAAGCAAUAUUGUCCUAAUGGUGCUUAUUUCUUGAAAGAAGAAUGGACACCCUAUUAUCAAACUGGUAAAGGGAUGAAGCUGAUAAGGUUUUUUACCACUGAUGGACUAGAGAACAUCUUGCCAUUAAGGAAAGAUAAUUGA